AUGCGCAUUGAUGGAAGGGUCAAUAGAAAAGACCGUCCAUGGUCAGAUGCCCAAGUCCAUACCGUUGACCAUCGAACCACUCAUGAGAGCCCAGGGUUUAGUGAUCUUUGGCAACAGAAGCGAAUACUAGCAUGGUGCCUGCUUGUCUUCCUCCUUCCUGUCAACUUUGGGUUUGAACUUGCUCUGAUCGGCAACAUCAUCGCAACCCCUGCAUUUCUCGAUCGAUUCGUGUUGAACGCUGCUACGACAGUUGGUACCUUCAUGGUUGUCUUCGCUGCUGGCUUCAUCGCAGACAAGAUUGGUCGUCGCAAGGUAGUCCUUGCUGGUUGCUUGCUUUGCAUCGUCGGACUCUUCGUUCAAGGGUUCGCAAACUUUAUCAUGAUGCUCAUUGGGGGAAAACUCAUCAGCACCCUUGGGUACGGAUUGGGCCAUGCACUUUCUCAUGUAUACGUUCCAGAGAUCGUACCCGACAAUUUGCGAGGGAUAUGCUUGACCUUGGUGAAUACUAUGAUCGUGGUUGGUCAGUGGUCCUGCGCACUUGUUGGCUACGGUGGAUUGUCCAUCAACAAUGAUUGGGUAUGGCGAAUGCCUAUCCUCUCGCAGCUGCUACCCCCGAUUCUGACGGUCGUCCUUGGCACGAUACUUCUUCCUGAAUCACCUUCGUGGUUAAUCCUUCACGGACAGCAUGAGAAAGCCAUCGCAGCCCUCCAUGAAUUCAACGGCCCAAACUACGAUGCUGCCGCGGUCGUCGCGGUGCUAGAGGCGGCGGUUCAGAGAGAGCGCACACUCCAAUCCGAAAGUGCGUCGUACCUCGAAUGCUUGAAGGGUGUGAAUUUGCGCCGCACUUUGAUCGUGUGUCUUGUAUACAUGGUCCAGCAGUUCGUGGGAGCCAAAUUCGUCCAAGGGUAUCUACCGUAUUACUUCACACAUGCUGAAGUCGAAAAUCCACUGGGUAUCGCGCAAAUUAGCUAUGCGAUUCAGCUGGUUGGCAACAUUGUUUCCCUGUUCCUUGUUGAUCGUAUCGGUCGCAGACCGAUGAUUGUAUAUGGUACAAUCGCGAUCACCUGCUUGCUCCUUCUCGUUGGCGGUCUUAGAACACUGGAGAACAAUCGCACUGCUCUUCAAGCAGUUACUCCAACUGCUCGCCUACGACAGAAGGCAUACUCGAUCAACGUUAUGUCAAACAUGGCCGCAACCUGUCUCGUAACCCAGCUUGUACCCAUCUUGAUCAACCCCAGUAACGCGAACCUCGGCGCAAAGGUUGCCUUCGUCUUCUUCGCUCCUCCAGUAUCGUCAUCUAUCUACAUGUACUUUUGCUUCCCUGAGAUGAAGGGUCGUAGCUAUCUGGAGCUAGAGACGAUGUUUCAAAGGGGGUCGCCGGCAAGAAGUUUCAGUAACUUCAAGUGUGAAAUUGAGGUCGCAACAAUCGCAAAAGAUGAUGACCUAGAGAAGCCAGUAGCGAUCGUUUUUGAUGAGGAUCUAUCGAAGGUCUGA